AUGUCAUUAGAAGAAUUCCUUGGGGAUGAUUCCCUUGGGGAUUCAGUUUGGAAUGAAGAUGAUAUCAAUUUAGAAGCAAUAAGCAAUACAACAAAUAUUGAUAUUUUAAAAACCAAAACUCAUAAACAGCAAGGAGGGGGUAAUGCUGAAGUACGUCCAAAUCCAUUUGGAUAUAGAUCACCACCACCUAAUCAUGGUGUCCUUGAAAGUGCUGGUAACAAUACUAAUAAAAUUAAUUCAGUUCCAAUGGGACCUCCAUAUAUCGUUAAAUUUUCACAAUUACCACAAAAUUUUGCCAGUGUCGAUAUUGAUGAUUUAUUUCAUGAGAAAUUUACCAAAUUUACCAAAUGUAAGAUGUUUUGGGAACUGAAUCCAAAUCCAUCAAUUGCAACUUUGAAUUCAGGUACAAUUUUUGAACAAAAUUUUAAAAGAGAAAAUAAAGUAGCUUUUGUGGAAGUAAUAACAGGUAGAGAUAUGGAUAAAAUUUUAAAAUAUUGGACACAACCAUUACUCAAGUACUACAACAUCAAGGUGGAACCUGCGCAAUUUGAAGACUUCAAUGAAUAUAAUGCUAAAGUCAAAUUAUUAACUGAUCCAAGAGACGAUGCUUCAAAACCUUAUGUGCCACCAAAACCAAGACAAACUUCGAAAUCUUCGAAAUCGAAUCCAUUUGGGUCAGCAAAACCUGUUGAUACCCAAUCUAAAAUUUUAGAUAUUGAAGAAAAAGUUGGGAAGUUGCACGUUGAAGAUACAAGUACUUUGAGAAGGAUUUCUGGUAGUGAACCAAAUAAUCCACAACAUCAUCAUCAACGCAAAGUUACACUUUUGAAAAAACCACAUGAAGAAGAAUCUGCAUCGUCAUCAUCAUCGGCAAUCGAAGAACCUCCGGCGAAGCCCUUGAGUUAUUUACAAGUGAUAAAAAAAACAGCUGAAGAGACUAAGAAGAGUCCUUCAAGUAGCUCUGCCACAACUAGAUUAUCCUCACCUGCAACAAAUCCAGCAUCUAUAGCUACUGCUACUGCUCCACCUGCUGCUACUGCUCCAUCUACAACAAGCACAAAUACAACAAACCCUAUUUCUACAGCAGAAACAUCAUCGACAUCAACACCCUUGGAAAAGGACUCUACAAGUCCACCUUCUCUAGAAAAUGGAGCAGGGAAAUAUGAUAAUCACAAUAAUUAUCAGCAACAACAUCAUCAUAACAAUUAUCAUAAUAAUAACCACCAACACCAGUCUCAGCAGAAUAAUGGAGAAGAUCGUCCAUAUUACAAACGUACCUCAUUUUCUGACAAUAGCACCGGCUUUAGAGGCCGUGGUGGUGGCAGAGGAGGCUCCUUCCGUAGAGGUAAUGGACCUCGUGGUGGUGGUGGUUUUAGGAACCAAAAUCAGAAUCGUAGGGGAGGUCCUUCCAACUAUAAUAAUUCAUCCAAUGGCUCAUUCAACAAUUAUAAUGACCACCAACAAGAUGGUAAAAACUAUCCACAGGAUGAAAAACAUUAUUCAAUUUUUAAGCCUGCAAGCGGGUUUCUCUGGGAAAAUGGUAAUGACAAAUCGAUUAAUAACCACAGUCAAAGAGGUGGUGGUUCCAGUCGUGGUUCUUAUCGUGGAGGUCGUAACCGCCGUAAUAACGGUUUUACAACAGUUUAA